CUACACUGUAUGUGAGAGAGGAGCAGCGCACGCGAAAACUUUUGCCUCACGGAUUAUUCAUGACAUUUCUCAGUGUGAUUGUGAAGGGAUUCCUGGAGGGACGCCAUGUUUAAGGCCGUGCUGAAGAAAACCGGGAAAAACAGCAAGAAGGGCACAGGGGAGCCGUACCUGCUCAGUGCCCAGCGGAGGUGUCCUGGUGAUGGAGUGCAAGAUGCUAGCAGUGUCCUCCCGUACCCCCCGACAGAGGAAGGCCUCAGACUCAGUCUGUCUAAAGGUGUGUCCAUGUCUCUCCCCUCCUCCCCUCUCCUGCCCCGACAGACGUACGUGAUGGCGGCUCAUCCCUACAAGAAAUCUCCAGGACUCGUUAGAAAGGCUAAAUAUGUGGAGAGUCCACGUGUUCCUGGGGAUGCCAUCACAUCAUCGUUGAGGAAAGUGUCUGACACUACAACCGAUCUGGCCGGUGCUGGCCCCUCCCCUGCCACUCAGGAGUUGAUGACACGCUUGGGGUUCUUGCUGGGUGAAAGCAUCCCGGGCUCCACGCGUAUACCUAUGGACGAUAAGAAUGAGAAAAAGUGUGCAGUGAAUCAAGGGAUCAGUCCAUGUUCGACUCUGACCAGCAGCACAGCAUCUCCGUGUACAGACAGCCCAUGUUCCACCUUAAACAGUAACAGCAGUCGACCGGCAGUGAGUCACCGCAGCCCCUGUGGAAACAUCAUCAGCCCCAGCUCCACCCUCGAGAGCAAAGACAGCGGGAUUAUAGCCACUAUCACCAGUUCAUCAGAGAAUGACGACCGCAGCGGCUCCAGUCUGGAGUGGAGUAAAGAGGGCAGUAUAAGGAGCUGCGGUCAGCAUGCGUUGGCACAAAUAACUGCACGGGCAGACACGUGCUCUCCGGUGGCCGAGGAGGAAGCGUCAAAGUCCGGGGCAGAGGGCAGGGGCAGGACCAAGACGACUUCAGGAGCAGCAGGGCCAAUUUCUGAGGGACCCAUGCACUAUCUCACACAGAACUCGUCUAGUCUUAUGAUGCCUCGACCGAACUCGGUUGCAGCGACGAGCUCCACUAAGCUGGAGGAUCUGAGCUAUCUUGAUGAACAGCGAAACACCCCCUUGCGGACGUCCAUCCGCCUGCCUUGGCACAACACCGGUGGCAGAGCUCCACACGACAAAGCUCGCUUUGCUCCGUACAAGCCCACUGACAUCAUGCUCAAGCCGCUGCUGUUUGAGGUGCCCAGCAUCACCACUGACUCUGUGUUCGUGGGCCGUGAUUGGCUGUUCCAGCAGCUUGAGGAUGACCUGAGGCCCAGCGAAUCAGGCGAGAGCUCUGGGGCCAUCCUCGUGGGUAACGUGGGCUUCGGCAAAACCGCCAUCAUCUCCCGCCUGGUGGCCCUCAGUUGCCAUGGCGGCCGCAUGCGGCAGAUCGCAUCCAACAGCCCAAGCGCAUCUCCUAAAAGUGGGGAGCAGCGUUCAGAAUUGCCCUUGAGUCAACCGCCUCAACCUAACCCUCCCCCGAGUGCCACCAACACCCUGAGAUCCAACAGCUGUCCCAGCACACCUGAGCUCCAGCGACGCCGCGAGGAGGCCGUCAAACGACUGUCUGCGAAGGUGGUGGCGUAUCAUUAUUGUCAGGCUGAUAACACGUACACGUGUCUAGUUCCUGAGUUUGUGCACAGCAUUGCGGCUCUUCUGUGCCGAGCGCAUCAGCUCACCGCAUACCGUGAGUUGCUGCUGAAAGAGCCUCAUCUGCAGAGUAUGCUCAGUCUGCGCUCCUGCGUGCAAGACCCCAUGGCUGCCUUCCGCCGGGGCAUUCUCCAACCGCUCGCCAACCUACGCAAAGAGAGGAAGAUUCCAGAGGAAGACUACAUCAUCUUGAUUGACGGGCUGAACGAGGCGGAGUUUCAUAAACCAGACUAUGGCGACACUAUUGCCUCCUUCGUUACCAAGAUCAAUCCCAAGUUCCCCAGCUGGCUCAAACUGAUCGUCACUGUGAGAACGAGUCUUUUGGAGAUCACCAGUCUGCUGCCCUUCUCCAAGAUCAGCCUGGAUGAAUUCCCAGACAGCAAAGAGAUCGGGACGGACCUGAACGCCUACAUACAGUACCACAUCAGCAGCAGCCAGAACAUUCUCAACAACAUUUCCCUUAACGGUAAAGCCGACCCCAUCAUCGUGGGCAAGGUCAGCUCCCAUCUGACCUCCCGAAGCCAGGGGUCAUACCUGUACCUAAAAUUGACCCUUGACCUCUUUGAGAAGGGUCAUCUGGUCAUUAAGAGCGCAAGCUACAAGGUGGUCCCCGUCUCUCUGUCGGAACUCUACCUGCUUCAGUGCAACAUGAAGUUUAUGAGCAACUCUGCGUUUGAACGCGCUAUGCCUGUCCUCAACGUGGCGCUGGCGUCUCUUCACCCCCUCACAGACGAGCAGCUGUUUCAGGCGCUGAACGCGGGCAGCGUGAGAGGAGAACUGGCGUGGGAGGACUUCCAGCAGAGAAUGGAGAUGCUGUCGUGUUUCCUGAUCAAACGGAGGGAUAAGACACGCAUGUUUUGCCACCCAUCCUUCAGAGAGUGGCUGGUAUGGCGAGGUGACGGAGAGAGCUCAGACUUCUUGUGUGACCCCAGGAGUGGUCAUGCCCUGAUUGCGUUCAUGUUGUCCAGGCAGGAAGGGAAGUUAAACAGGCAGCAGACUAUGGAGUUGGGCCACCACAUCCUAAAAGCGCACAUCUUUAAGGGUUUAAGUAAGAAGACCGGUGUGUCGUCCAGUGUUCUCCAGGCAUUAUGGAUCUGUUGCAGUACUGAUGGUUUAUCUGCUGCUCUGGCCUCCCUGAGAAACCUCUACACAUCCAAUGUCAAGGUGAGUCGUUUGCUGAUGCUGGGUGGGGCGAAUGUCAACUAUCGUACGGAGGUGUUGAACAACGCCCCAGUGCUCUGCGUCCAGUCUCACCUGGGUCAUCAAGAGAUGGUCGCCCUGCUGCUGGAGUUUGGGGCGAAUGUUGACGUGCUUUCAGAGAAUGGCAUGAGUUCACUGUGUUACGCAUCGGCUGCUGGGCAUCUGGGACUGGUCAGUCUGCUCUGUAAGAGAGGAGCCAAGGUGGAUCACGUGGACAAGAGCGGUCAGUGUGCAUUAGUGCAUGCGGCUCUGCGGGGUCAUCCCGAGGUCAUUACGUGUUUGCUGGAGUUGACCUGGAGUGAUGAAGGUCAUCAGAUGGACCUCAGCCUGAAGAACAAAGCACUGCAGCAGGGACUCAUAGCAGCCUGCAGUAUGGGACAUAUACAUGUGCUGGAAGGCUUGUUGACGUUGAAUAAUGAACUGACUGUACAGAUUGAUGCUCAUGACACGCUUUGGGGUGAAACAGCUCUGACAGCAGCGGCGGGACGGGGAAAGAUGGAAGUGUGCAGCUUCCUGUUAGAGCAGGGAGCGCAAGUUGAGCAGGUGAACAGACGAGGAGCAUGUGCGCUCUUCUGUGCUGUGCGACAGGGACACUGGCAGAUUGCAGAUCUGCUGUUGCAGCACGGUGCUGAUGUGAAUGUAAGUGACAAACAGGGUCGCACACUGUUGAUGGUUGCUGCGUGUGAAGGGCAUCUGAGCACCGCAGACUUCUUGUUGUCUAAAGGUGCCUCUUUAAUGUCGGUGGAUAAGGAGGGGUUAACUCCUCUCAGCUGGGCGUGUUUAAAAGGACACAAGAAUGUUGUUGAGUUUUUGGUGGAGAAGGGUGCGGUUAUUGACCACUCGGACAAGAAUGGACGUACUCCACUUGACCUGGCUGCUUUCUAUGGAGACGCAGACAUCGUGCAUUACCUGGUUGAGAAGGGAGCCGUGAUUGAACAUGUGGAUUACAGUGGCAUGAGACCUCUGGAUCGAGCCAUCGGCUGCAGAAACACAUCAGUGGUGUUGACCUUACUGAAGAAAGGAGCUAAAUUAGGUAACGCUGCCUGGGCGAUGGCGACAUCCAAACCGGAUAUCCUGAUUAUCCUCCUACAGAAACUCAUGGAGGAAGGCAAUCUGCUUUAUAAAAGGGGAAAGAUGAAGGAAGCGGCUCAGCGGUAUCAGUAUGCAUUGAGGAAAUUUCCCAGAGAAGGUUUCGGUGAUGAGCUAAAGGCCUUUAAGGAGCUGCGAGUCUCUUUGUACCUCAAUCUCUCCCGCUGUCGCAGGAAAACCAAUGACUUUGGCAUGGCGGAGGAGUUUGCCACAAAGGCGCUGGAGCUCAAACCCAAAUCGUAUGAGGCGUACUAUGCUAGAGCCAGAGCCAAACGGAGCAGCAGACAAUUUACUGCAGCAUUAGCAGACCUGCACGAGGCGACCAAACUCUGCCCUAACAAUCGCGAGAUCUGCCGUCUGCUGGCUCGUGUUGAGGAGGAGUGUAAACAGAUGCAGCGGACACAGGGCAAACAGCAGGGGGCGCCAAACGCACCGACUGCCAACCACGACUCGGAUCACGAACGCGGCGAUCGAGAGGACGAUGACGUGACAGAACACAGUCUGGGAAGGGAUAUCGAUGAGGAGGAGGAGCUGGGCUCUGAGGCAUGGCCUCAGAACAUCUACUCACCCAAACGGAGUCUGCCGGAUUCUAACGGCCGUUCAGUGUCGCCCCCUCACAGGCAAAGCCUUCGACAACAGAACAGAGAGCCCGUGGCUCAGAAGAGCUUGGUUCUGCAGCCCAGCAAGCAGGCCCAGAUUGUCAAAACCAACCAGCACCUUGGAUCUGUACAGGUAGGGUGUACACGACAAACAAGUACCAAGUCACAGUAUGCGCCCUCCAGUCCGAUCCCGAGUCGUCACAUAUCAAGCGUGCUCAAAGCAGGGCCAGGCAUUAACAUCAACCCUCUAUCGGCCAAUUGCGACGAUGCAGGACGCGCCUUAAUGGCAGCAAGUCAAGAAAUCGAGGAUUUCCACCUUGCACACUCCUCCUCCAGGACUCAAGAAAGAGUCUCUAGAGAGGCUCCAUUUGUAUCAUCCAUGGAGGGAAUGGUACUCUCCAUGGCCUCAGGAGUUCAAGGCCAGGACUCGAGGACGGGGUCACAGGCAACCAACAUGAGGGUUUCGAGCUCCACGAGUAGCCUUGCUUCAAGCAGUAGCUUAUCGGACAGUGGGAAAGCGCAAGGUCCAGAUGUACGUACCAAAACAGACACGGACAAGCCCAAGCUUAGCCAGGGAGGAUCCAUGGAAUACAAACCCAGACCGUUCAUGGGGAUUAUGGACAAGACGGCUCGAUUUCAACAACAGCAGCAGCUGAGUCACCCACCACCAGUGUCUCGUGGUUGGCAAAGUCAAUCCACUGAAGGUCUGGUCAGCCAUAGCAUGUCUUCGGCAGGUGUGAACUGCGAGCUUGCAUACGGCAAACCGACCAGCGCUUACUACGAGCAACUUAAAACUCCCUCUCAGGGUUCUGCUUUGGGCAGCCUGCACAAUGGGAGUUUACAUUUGAAAGAGUUCAACGACAAGUUCUACCAAGCAGCCUCUUAUCACAAAGAACCCAAGCCAGUUCAUGCCAUGACACAUUCCUUCACAGACAGUAUGCCGAAGCAGCCCGGCUUGACUCGAGAGAACCCCACUAUUCCUGUAGCUUUAAUGAAACCAAAGAGAUCCUUUAUAGAGUCUAAUGUUUAGGGUGUAUUUUUAGGCAACCUCCGUUCCCCCUAAGGUAUUUACUUUGAGGAUCGUUCAACUGGCAUCUCUAAUAUAUACACUUCCAGUCAAAAGUUUGGACAGACCUACUCUUUAUUUUAAAAUAAAAGUAUCAAAACAACGAAAUAACACAAAUGGAAGGAUGUGAAUUAUGCAGUUACCAAAAAUGUAAUGGAAAUUAUCUUAUAUUUUAGCCUCUUCAAAGUAGAAACCCUUUAUGCACAGUUCAUCACAAGCCCUUUUGACAUUUAAUCAUGUGCAGGAUAUGAAUUAUAGAUAUCUGUAAUUCAAUUCUCACUAGUUAAAAUGCUAAUUUGAUAUCAGUUAUUAUAUUUGCCCUAGUAAAAAUGUUAAUUCUUGAUAUAAAAAAUGACAUCAUUACUCAUGGAAAUACCCAUUCUUGAUAUCAAAAAUGGAAUUUCAAUCACAGUAUCUGUACUUUUACUAGUAGAAUUUUACAAUUAUCUGUCAUUCCUUUUCAAAACACAAUUACAGAUAUCUAUUAUUUGUUUCUUACUAGUUGAAAUUCCAGUUUCAGCUACUGUAUGCUCUUACUAGUAAAAUUAUAUAUUUUUUAUAUCAGUACAUUGUUACUAGUACAAAUAUCCAAUCCGGAUAAAAACAAUUGAAUAACAACUAGUAAAAAUGCUAAGUUUUGUUAUUUAAAUUUAUUUCAACAUGUUAGAUUUGGUAUUUCCGAUACUAAAAAAUGUAAAACUAAUUACAAAUAUCUUAAUAGGCUUUCUUACUAGAUACUAUAACAUUAUAUAAUAUAUAACAUUACAGCAUUUAUUAAUCUUGGUUACGGUUAAUUUAUGAAAAUACAAAUGUUAAUUGUAAGUUCAUAAUGCUUUGACUAAUAUUAAUGUAUAUGUUUAAUAAAAAUAAAAGAAGUAUAGGUUGGAAUUAACUUUAACCAAGAUUUAUAAGUGCUGUAAAAGUAUUGUUCAUUGUUAAUUUAUAUUUACUAAUGUUAAAUUGUUAUUGUGACAUCACCGCAAACUAAAGCUCAUGAGAACAUAAAUUCAGCCAAGUGUGUCCAGACUUUUUACUGGUAUUAUAUACAAUAUGUACAGAACAUUAAAUAUUUUAAUUUUACCCAAUAUUUUACUCAAAAUUAAUUAUUUUUGAUAGGAUAUUUAUACUCAAGUUCAAACUUCCGUUAAUUGGUCAAACAGGUGCAAUAAUCGGCCAAAUGCCGAUAAUCUCAAAAUAACCAAGUAUCAGUCAACUAAUCGGCCUGGCAUUAUUUUACACAUUUACUCAAAAUAUUUUCAACAAGUUAUUAUUUGGCAGGAAAUGUAUACUCUGAAAUUAAGACUGAUGUUAAGCAGGUGGAAGAUUGGUUGAUGCCGAUCAUUUUAAAAUAAAGUAUUCGGCCGAUUAAUUGGCCUGGUCUAUCACUACUCCUAAAUGACCAUGUUUUCUUUAAGCAUUGAACAUGGACAAUUAUUUAGGGUGGAUAUAUUUUUUUAAACCCUUCAACCGGGCUGCUCGCUCACUGUGUGUCAAAGAGAGAAAGUGCACUGAAUCACUGGAGGAACACGGCAAGGCCACGACACGCCACUAAUGACUGAUAAUUGAAACUAUAGAAGGACUAGUGAUCCGCACAAGGGGUUAAUGUUGACCGGCAUUCCUCUGCUAUGAGAAAAAUCAGACCCUCUUACAAUGUAAAUAUUGUGUGUAUUUCCCAUCUUUUAUGUGAAAACCAUGCAUAUCUACAAACAAUUAAGGUUACUAACAAAAAAAAUGUACCUGGUUUGUAUGUUUGUACAUUAUAUUUGAAUUUGCCCAACAAUGUUAAAAAGUCUGUCCCUGUUCCUGCUUGUUAUUUCUGUCUAGAUUAAUUUAUUUACAGCGCCUCUUGCUUGGUAUCUGUAAAAGCAAGCAAUAUAUUUUAUAUAGUUAUUUUUGCACAGCUACUUUUAAAAGAAGUAUGAAAAUGGAAAUAUGUUUCACGAUGCCAAUACGAAACUAUGGAGGCUAUCUGGGUGUGUGCGCAUGCUACCGUUUAUAAGAAUUGGAGAAAAUAUAUAAAGUUUUAAAAUAUACAGGUGAUAAUAGGAAUGAGAUUGGCAGCAGUUAUAUUUUUAAUGUGGAUAAAAAAAUAUUUUUUCUGCAAAUGUUGCCUUUUGAGUUGUGUGAACUGUACAAUCUGUUACCACAUCCUGUAUCAAAAAUGAAUUUCUGCCAUGAUCCAUCUAAGGGAAAUAAAAAUCCCACUGGAACCAAAAAAAAA